UGCGGCCAGCGUGAGUUUGGUUCAGGUCGCAGCAUCAGAGUCACCAUGAAGAGCGUCGCUCGCGUGGCCCAGAAGACGCUUUCCCAAGCGCGCGGAUUCCGCACCAGCGCCGCUGUGGCCAAUGCUGCUGAGGAGCCCGCUAUGGCCCGCGUGUACGGCGGCCUCAAGGACGAGGACCGCAUCUUCACGAACGUAUAUGGCGAGGACACUUGGCGUGUGGACGGCGCAGUGCGUCGUGGAGACUGGCACCGCACCAAGGACCUUCUGUGCAUGGGUCCGGACUGGAUCGUGCAGGAGAUCAAGGACUCAGGUCUGCGCGGCCGUGGUGGCGCCGGUUUCCCUUCCGGUCUCAAGUGGUCCUUCAUGCCCAAGCAGACGGACGGACGCCCGUCCUUCCUGGUAGUCAACGCCGAUGAAAGUGAACCCGGUACCUGCAAGGAUCGCGAGAUCAUGCGUAAGGACCCGCACAAGCUCGUAGAGGGAUGUCUUAUUGCUGGUUUCGCUAUGCGCGCCCGUGCUGCCUACGUCUACAUCCGUGGUGAAUUUUUCAACGAAGCCCUGAUCCUUCAGGAAGCCAUCCACGAGGCCUAUCAACGCGGAUUCCUCGGCCGCAACGCUUGCGGAUCCGGUUACGACUUCGACGUGUAUCUGCACCGUGGUGCUGGCGCUUACAUUUGCGGUGAGGAGACUGGUCUACUUGAGAGUCUGGAGGGCCGCCAGGGAAAGCCCCGCCUCAAACCUCCUUUCCCGGCCAACACGGGUCUGUACGGCUGCCCUACGACGGUGACGAACGUGGAGACUGUGGCUGUGUCCCCUACCAUCCUUCGUCGCGGUGGCUCGUGGUUCGCGAGUCUUGGACGCAAAAACAACCACGGCACUAAGCUUUUCUGCAUCUCUGGACACGUCAACAACCCGUGCACGGUAGAAGAAGAGAUGAGUAUCCCUCUCCGUGACCUGAUUGAGCGUCACUGUGGUGGCGUUCGUGGUGGAUGGGACAACUUGCAGGCGUGUAUCCCUGGCGGCUCUUCCGUGCCUGUACUGGACGAAGAACUGUGCCAGGACAUUAUGAUGGACUACGACGAUCUGAAGCAGCGUGGUGGCUCCGGUCUGGGUACGGCCGCUGUUACCAUUUUUGACAAGAGUGUCGACAUGGUGGGUGCUAUUCGUCGGUACUCGCAUUUCUACACGCACGAGAGUUGCGGUCAGUGCACGCCUUGCCGUGAAGGUACUGGCUGGAUGGAGAAGGUACUAACCCGCAUGGAAACGGGUGACGCCGAGCUCGAGGAAAUCCCCAUGUUGGAGGAAAUCUCGCGCCAGAUCGAGGGCCACACUAUUUGCGCUUUGGGUGACGCUGCUGCCUGGCCGGUGCAAGGUCUGAUCCGCAAGUUCAAGCACAAGCUAGUGGAGCGCAUUGAGGAUCCGUCUAGCUUCAAGCCCGAGGAUUACUUCCAGAAGGCGUGGCCUGGCGCUCCGCUGAAGAACCAGGAGUGGGUGGACAAGUUCGCAGACGGCUCGGCUUACAAAUCCCAGGCGUCCGCGUAAGCUGCGGGAGGCGAUUGUGGACUGGGGAACGUGAUAUGUUGCACAGAAAGAAAUGACUUGACGCGAAAAACUACAAAAACACUUGCAGCAUGGAAAGAAUUCAUAGCGAAUGGCUCGAGUUGUCCACGCGGAAGCCGAUGCAGAGAGGUCAGACGCUAAAUACAAGAAAGCCCUUCGGUGCAAGUUUCUAA